AAGUCGCGAUCCCACUCUAAGAACGACACUUUAUGGCGUUUCGCGCUAAAAGUCAGUCGGCUCGAAUUCGAAAUCCAUUCGGGUGAGCGACGAAGCAGACGAAAUUCCGCCAUAGCAGCAUCAUGAAUGUCGGCGGUGAUAUCACGCAAUUGUCCUACAAGGAGCUGCAGGCUCUGGCCCUGAGGUAUCAUAUACCGGGUAACGUCAAGAAGAAAGCGUUGAUCAAAGUCCUGCAAGCCGCCAAAAGCGGAAAUGAGGCGGAGUUUGGCCGAUUACUGCAGGAAUUGAGGAAGAGUCGUAAGAGAAAGACGAGGAAGUCGAAAGAUUCCAGACUUGGAAUAACGUCGACGCCGUUGCAUAGUCCAGACUAUAUGAUGACCGAUGAUGACUAUUAUUGUCAACAACAGCAACAGCAGCCUCAACAACAGCAGCCUUAUCAGUGGUGCUUCCCAUUUUUACAGAUUGGCGCCGAGGAGGAGAUUGUGAGCAAGGAUGACGAUACUAAGAUCCCGCACUAUGAGGAGUUCAAGCAAUUUCUACUCAAGAGAAUUCAACGGGAAUUUCAAACGUGCGACAACAACAACAACAACCAAGUGCAAGAUCUGAGUAUCGUGAACCUGCGGAGCACACCGAUGCCGCCCAAUCUGCAAACAGUCCCUCUCGAUGAAUCGAGUUAUUCCAAAGCGAAUUUAAUCAAUCACAUGGAUCCUUUGGCGAUCUCGUCAAAUGGCAGGUCGAGCUAUGAAAUGAUAAAGGAGCCCGAAAGCGGCUCGCAAGGUUCGUUUCUGUUAAAGAGAAUGCUACAAGCGCCAGUGGGUGCCAAUCUGGGCGAAAUCGCCAGCUCGAUCUUCUGGGCCAGCAAUCUGCUGGAUAAUUCCGAUACCCUGACCGCCGAAUCGGAGAACAACGAGAAUGAAAAUCAGCUUGAAACCAACGCCAAUGAAUACUAUGGCUUGCUGAAAAACACCAGAGGCGAGUUUAUGCUUAACGAGGCAAACCUGAUGUCUCAGCAGAUUCCAGCAAGUGCAAUGACAGGCGAUGAACAGUGCAGAUUUUCCGGCGACAUGGACAAUCGGCCGAAUCCCUACCAGAACUGGACGAUCACCAGCGUCAUGGAGAUGCCUGAAAGCGAACUCCAGUCUUCCAAAGUAUAUCACGCAAUCUACUACAACAACACAGAUCCCGCCGUGACUACCGCAAAUGCGGACAAUAAUCUAACUUAUCAGUAUCAGCCUGAAACCGCCUAUAACGGCAGCCAAAACUUCUUCAACGUUGACGCGCAGGACGCGUCAAACUAUGCGACUGGUACGGACAUGAUAGUUAACGAUCCCAACGAUAUUUAUUAUCUGCAAAAUUUCGGCAAACACAAUGGGGAAAUGGGGACAGGUUAUUUCCGCAACAUGGAUACUUUUGGACAAAACAAUGCGCAGCAAAAUACUUACACGAACGAUCAGCAAUAUCAAUACCAUUAUCCUCGAUUUACUCAGGAGACGAACAAUACAUUAAACGAGAGAAUGAACCAGCAGCAAAACAAUAUUAUGACAGGGAUGGAAAAUGGUAUUAAUCACGGAACUGAUGCGGCGAAUAUGCAGAGACCAGCGAAUGGAAUAGAGCCAUACUGGCCGAAGUGGACCACCGAGACCAACAACAAUCUAGAGAACAUCCUGAACUACCAAAUGUCCAAGCAAGUAGAUUACUCCAAGUUGAGUCAGACAUCCUGCGUUUACUGCUACGUGGCCCCGAUCGUCUCGCAGCGAUCUACAUUAACGAAUAAUGGCCGCUGUUCAGUUGAACGAAGAUAUACCGCCGAGCAGCGGCAACACUCCUUUUCGCCCUAUUGGAUGUUGUACAAUGAUGCAUCGCAGGGUAUGCGAAUGACAAAUAUAUCCAGCGAUUCGUUCGUGCAACAUGACACGACGACGACAAUGCAAACAACCAUUAUUCCUGGUAACGACAUCCUGAAGGAGAUCGUCGGCGACGUUCCCGAGGCUCCCAUCAAUGAUGUGUGGAUGAAUCAAUAUGAGUCGUCAUCCAUCGGCGACGACAUGACCAUCCCAAUUUCGGAUUCGCUCUUCUGCAAUGACAUUUCCAGCGCGUCGAGGAAGACUUAGGGCUCGCUCAACACAUUUAUGACAGUAAACAGAUAAUAACUAGAUUUUUGUGAUUGGAACGAAUAACGUUCUCUAUAAGUCAUAGAAUGACGAUAAACGGCUGUUUCUCUGGAACGAUUAAAAUUCUCUCAAGUUAUGGAAGGAUCUCUGGAUCGUUAUUAUUCCGAUUUGGAAUUGGAACAACCGAAGUCUCUUUUCAUCUUCGCAAACCGCACAAUAACACUUAAGUAAUUAUUUUGCGAGAUUCCUAUUGGCACAAGAUUCAUUAACGCGCUCUUCCGCGUUUUCGCAUUACUUCCAGUGAGUGACACGCGCAAUUAUUUUCCCGACUUGAAACUGGAACGAGAACGAUAUUCGAAGAGAGAUCAAUAGCAAACAGACAAGUUGAA